UCUAUAUUGGGCGGGACUGCUACUUCAAAAUUUCAGCGGCUGUGCACCUUUUGUUGUUGACGUUCGAGCGCAUUGAAGUUUUAGUUUAACUAAUUCUACAUUUUUAUAGGUUUUUCCACGGUAUUUGAGGUAUCGACCUCUUUUGUCGGUCAUGUCUUUCUCAAGAGCUCCAUUAAAGAGAUUUAACGAGCAUGUCGGUUGUGCUCCUCCACCUGGUACAUAUGAUGUGAAGUCUGCUGAUGUGAAAGGAACUGCAUCAUUUCAUAAAGCAGAGCGCUUCAGAACUGCUCCACAAACAGCGGUACCCUUGCCAUCCCCCUCCAAAGAAGUACCCAUGUCUCCUGUUCGGAGGACCAUGUCUGUUGAUGGUUUGGCUGAUGCAUUAAGUUCCAAAAAGGACAAAAAUGGUUUCACACUUGAGAGGAAACAUCAGCGACUACUAGAGAAAGAGAUCCGUUCUUUGGUGCAGCAGAGAGGAGAGCAGGACCGCAGGCUGCUGACCCUGGAGGAAGAACUGAAGAAGCUGGAGUCUAAAUUGCUUGUAGCUGUCAGAGAGAAGACCGGCCUCGCUGCCAAUGUGGCUUCUCUCGAGAGGCAGCUCGCGGAGUUGAAGAAAGCAAAUGAGUUCCUGAAGACCAAGGUCUCUGCUGAUAUCACCAAGAAGAAGAUCAAUGCUCUUUCCAUUGAGCUCAUUGAGGCAAAAAAUAAACUCGAUGCCAAAGACAAGGAACUGAGCUUUCUUCAGAUCAGCUCCGAGGGGAAAGUAAAGGUCUUGGAAACAGACCUGGAGACUGCCAGAGCAACUUUUAGAGUUCUUGUGGAAAGGAACAAAGAUCUUGAGGACCUUCAUCAGGAGACAAGAGUCCAAAAUGAGCAGCUGGAGAAUGAAAUGGAUAAAUUGCACAACAUAAUCCAGGAGCUGAGGGAGGAAAUCAAAGCCCUGCAGAGUUACUUGGACUCAGCAAAUGAAGAGAUUCAGGAUUUGCGGAUUAAGCUUCAGGACAAAUCCACCGUGGAGCGCCGGUUCUCUGACACUCAAGAGAACCUCAGUGAUGUGGAGAAAAAGUUGGAGAAAUGUACCAGUGAGCUGCAGGACUGUCAGGAUGUGCUGAAAGUAAAGGAAGAGGAGCUGCAGGUCUCCCAGAAGGCUCUAGAAGAGAAGGAGAGGGAGGUGGAGCAGCAUGUGCAGGACCUCCAGGCAUCGCAGGCCUCACUGAAAGAGCUGGAGGAGCAGAUGCAGCAGGGAGCGCAGGAUCUCGAGGAGUCCCGGAGCGUGGUACGGCUGCAGGAGCAGGAGCUGGCCCGCGUGAAGGAGGUCUUGAGGAGAACGGAGGAAGAGCUGGAUCAGCGUGUGGCACUCAUGGGGGAGCGAUGCUUGGUGCUGGAGGAUGAAAGAGCCAGGACUCAGGAGGAGGGUCUGCGACGGGUGCAAGAGCUGAAGGCAGAGAUCAGCUCAUUGGAGGGGAGUAGGAAGACCGAGAAAGAAGCAUACGAAAAGCUGAAGGAGGAACAUGAUGCAUUGACAAGACAGAUGGAAGAGGAAAAGACUCACAGCGACUCCCUGGCUAGCAUGCUUGAGCGACUGAGAGAUGAGACGGAGGCGGAGAAGAGACAGCUCGGCGAGGAGCUGGAGGAUGUGCUCGAGGAGCUGUCACAGCUGGAGAAGCAGGAGCAUUGCAGUGAGGAGGCCGUCCAGCACCUCACGCAGAAGAACCAGACACUGGAGCAAGAGCUGAAGAACACUUGCACAGAGUUAGAGAAGAAGUGUGCUGAGAUGCAGAAUUUAGAAGAGGCUCAUGUGAUGACGAUCAAAAAACUAGAAGAGGAUCACAACAGCUGUCUUGCUAAGCUGGGAGAUGUGGCUACUGACUUUGAGAGCACAAGACUGUUUCUGGGUGAGCAGAAGGAGCAGGCCCAGGCUCAAGCCCAUCAGCUGCACGAGGAGAUGAACCAACUCAAGCAACAGCUGCAGCAGGACCAGCAGAAACUCAUAAGCUUCCAGGAAAUGCAGGAUAAACAGCAAGAGGAGCAUGCUAGGAUGCUUUUAGAAGUUCAGACUAAGCUGGCUCAGAGAGAGGAAGAGCUGAAGCAAGCAGCAGAGACUCUGAGUGAGGAGCUGAGACGCCUGCAGGCGGAGGUGGAGCGGGAGAGAGGAGAGCGAGAGCAGGCUCAGGCCCAGCUGGAGAGAGAACAGAAGAGGAGGCAGUCAGUAGAGGGCUGUUCUGCAGAAACCAGCAGGCUGCAGGGCCGCGUGGAGGAACUGGAAGAAGAGGUCUCUGAGCUGAACAGGCAGGUGCAGGAGGAGAGAGACGCUGUUCGGCAUCACGCUGUUGAGUGGCAGCAGGAGAGACAACAGCUAUGCAGACAGAUGGAAGAGGAAAGGCAAGACUAUCACAAACAACUCGCAGAGACUCAGCUGCAAAGCACAUGUGAUGUGGAGACCGAGCGCUGGAGAAACUUGUAUGAAGAGCUCUAUGCUAAAGUAAAACCAUUUCAGGAACAGCUGGACCACUUUGCAGCAGAGAGGAACGCUUUGUUGAAUGAGAAAGGAGCCACGCAGGCAGAGUUGAACAAGUUAGCCGAUGCCUACGCCAAUCUGAUGGGUCAUCAUAACCAGAAACAGAAGAUCAAACACUUGGUCAAAAUAAAAGAGGAGAACUUUGAGCUCAAACAAGAAGUGUCCAAGCUAAGGGCACAGGUCUGGAAACAGAAGCAAGAGCUGGAUCGGCUCAAAUCCAGCCAGAUGCCACAAAGAUUCAACCCCAGCAAGGCUUUCAAACACGACCUCAAAGAAAACCAGCAGCCCACCUCAGCUCUUACACAAGGCAACAAAAAAUGUUAUUAAACUAUCAAGGACUACCUUUGUAAUGCCCGUAGCCUAUGGAUGACUUUGCAACAACACUGUGAUGGGAUGGUUAAGAGCUCAAAUGUCCUGACUGUGCCUCUGACAAUAAUUUAUUUGUUUUAUUUUGUAUAUUAAUUUCAUACUGUGGUAUUACCGUUAUUUUUUACUAUAUCCCCCUUUUAAAUGUUGCUCUUGAUUUGGCUACAGUGGUGAAAAUGUGCUUUUAUGGGCUUAGAUUCACAGAAUUUUCUGUUAUCUGGUUUUGUUCAGCAAUGGGCAGCUAUUGUCUUAAACUCUUUUUAAAAAGUUCAAAGUUAGCCCACUCUCUGUUCAGAAGUCUUCACCGAGCCUUGUGAGGAGCUGUUUUGUUUAACUUGCUCAUAUUUUCUAUAAAAUUUUAGUUUUUGCAAUA